AUGCCUCAAACUUACCAUAGACUUUGUUUAUGGCAUCUGAUGCAGGAUGCUUGUAAGAGUAUGAAUGCUCAGUUCAAAGGUGAUAUCUUUGUAUACACGGUUGAACUAGAUGAUAAGUCUAAGAAGCGUAAGGUGAAAAGGGAAGCAUCUACUGUUUCUUAUAACUGUAGGCUAUUAGAGAUGAAAGGUAUUCUGUGUAGUCAUGCUAUUAAAGUUCUUAGAGAAGUCAUGCUUAUCAAAGAAAUUCUUGAACAAUAUAUGUUGAACAGGUGGAUAAAGAAGCAAAAGUUGAGAGUGUGGUCGACAUGUGUGCGUGAGAUUCAAGAGGAAGAAGUGGCGGCGGAACUGGAAGCCGUACAAUCAGUCUACGGGGGCGAUUGAGUGGUUCUCCAAUCCUACCCUCCCCAUCUCCACCUCCAUAACAAACCUCGCACCGCCUAUGUUGCUUCACAACAGUUUGUGGAAGCUGUCAUGGGAAUUCGAGCAGAUUCUCAGUAUCUGAAUGAACUGCCACAUAUUGAUCUUAUAGAUUCAAAGAGUCUUGAUUUUCAAAGGCAAAAACAUCUAACAAAUUCGAUAAGGGACAGAGCAUGGGAACUCUCGUCUUGUUUAAUGCUUGUGGUAAUUUUUGAGGAAGCAGUCGAGAAGCUCUCUGUUAUGAAUCGCCCUGAUGGAGACUGUCCAUUGUGUUUGUAUCCUUUGGUCCCAGAAGAUGAGCAGAAAAAUGCUUUGCCAUUUAUGAAGUUGAUGUCUUGUUUCCAUUGCUUCUCUAAAUAUAUAUAUAUAUUGGUGUCAGAUUACGAAGAAAGUAUGGGAAACUGCCCCGUCUGCCGUAAAGUUUUUCAUACCCAGGACUUGGAGCACGUGCUUCACUUGGUUGAUAAUCACUCCUCUCAAUUGGUAUGGUAUCCAACCACAAAUUAUAUUUCUGCAGAUGAAUGUUUCAGCAUUCUGAACGUGAAUGUCCCAAGGCAAAAUUUUGAGGCCCGAUUGAAGUUACAGCAAGAAAACUGUGGUUUAAUCGAGCCUAAAAAAGAUCUUGUCGUGUUGCCUGGUAUGGUACUUCCACCACCACCAGUCUCACCAUUAGUCUCCGGGGCCGACAAAGAAUCUACUGAGCAGCAACAAAUCUCAAUAUGGUAUCAGAGCAGUGAUCCUAAUCGACCUACUUCUGAGUAGUUUCUUGAGAGAU